AGAAGUCCACUUUGACCACCUUUUUCUCUCUGUGUUGGAUUCAGUGAGCUGUUGACCCAGAGGAAAGAGAAUAAUGUGGAAAGCAGCAGUGUUUGUGUUCCUGCUGUUAAACAUGGAUUUGCAGGUGAGUGGGGCUGUAGAUAAGACGAGGCGGUCCGUGGAAGAAAACUCCAGGCCAGAGAAGAAGGUGGAGACUGAGGAGGCUGAAGCCACCAGCACCAUUCAUGCACGUGACACUGGUUCUUCAGGUUUCUUGGGCAACUUGCUGGUGGUACCCAUGGAUGGGAGUCACUGGGUGGGUAUGAAGGCCAUUGUCCAAGAAAUGGGUCGGCGUGGGCACAGGGUCACUGUGGUGAUACCAGAGGUCAGCAUACGGAUGGGUCCCGGGAAACACUACGACACUGUCACCUAUCCUGUUCCUUAUGACAGGGAGUAUAUUGAUUCAAUCAUGGCCACACACAAGGACAUAUUGCACAAAUCUGCACAGUCGUUCACGGACAAAAUAAGGAAACGAUUUUCACAGAUCCAGAGAUUUAUAGGCUUUAUCUACACCACUGCAGAGCACCUACUGUUCAAUGCCAGUAUCAUUUCACAUCUGGCACAGCAGAAAUUUGACGCUGUCUUAACAGAUCCUGUGGUCCCCACAGGCUCGUUAAUAGCUCGGAAAUUAGGAAUCCCCACUAUUAAUUUGCUGAGAGGAAUUCCUUGUUCCUUGGAUAUGCACUCUACAGGCUGCCCCUCCCCACCAUCAUAUGUGCCUCGUUUCUUCACUGGAUACACAGACAGAAUGAGCUUCAAGGAGAGAACUUUCAACACCUUGGUGGCUUUACUGGAGCCGCUGCUAUGCCGACUGCUGUUUUGGCACUUUGACAACAUAGCCUAUGAGUUCCUGGGAGAGGAGGUGGGCGUGGCUGAAGUGCUGUCAGACUCUGCUAUCUGGCUGCAGAGGAUUGACUUUGCGCUGGAGUUGCCACGCCCUCUCAUGCCGAAUAUAGUUCUAGUUGGUGGAAUCAACUGCAAUGUGAGAGACCCUCUGCCUGAAGAUUUGGAGUCCUGGGUGUCAGGAGCGCAUGGCUUUAUAGUGUUCACUCUGGGCACCAUGGUGUCAGACCUGCCAAAAGAGAUAACCGCCGUCUUCCUAGAAGCCUUCAGACAGAUUCCACAGAAGGUAAUAUGGAGGUACACUGGGCAGGUUUCAGAAAGUGUCCCAGAGAAUGUGAAGAUGAUGAAAUGGGUGCCUCAGAAUGACCUGCUAGCACAUCCUGGAGCUCGGGCUUUCAUCACUCACGCUGGCUCACAUGGUCUCUUUGAGGGACUGUGUCACGCUGUUCCCAUGGUGAUGGUGCCAAUUUUGGGGGACCAGUCUGACAAUGCAGAGAAGUUGGCGAGCAGAGGAGCGGGAGUGGUGUUGGAUAUUGUGUCGAUCACUACAGAAAGUCUUCUUCAGGCCCUGAAUGAGGUCAUCAAUGAUUCCAGGUAUAAAGACAGUGUGCAGAAGCUGUCAGCUCUCCAUAAAGACAGACCAGUUGACCCACUUGACCUUUCAGUGUACUGGACAGAAUUUGUGAUGCGGCACAAAGGGGCGAAACAUCUCAGACCUGCUGUCCAUGAACUCAACUGGCUCCAGUACUACUGCCUGGAUGUAAUAGCGCUACUGGCUAUUGUAGUGCUGUUUUUUGUAAUGGUGACAGUAAAAUGCUUGAAACUAUGCUUCUGGACACUGAGCAGAAAGAGGAAGCAGGACUAACCUGGUGUUACCUUUGCACCUUCAUCUAAGCAACAACAAGGGAGAUUUAAAACUUAUUACUAUUCAAAUAUUAGUGCAAAGUAAACCUGGUGAUGGUUUAAAGGUGUGACAUGGUGUAAGAUGAAUAAGGGAAUCUAUGAGGUGAUCAAAAAGAUAUUUAAUAAACAGAAAAUAUAGAA